AUGUCGGCCAUCCAAAAGCAAAUCGAAGCCGCCUCGGAGCACUACUCGUCGGCCUUCACCAAGGGCCACCUCGCCCUCCCGCCGGCGAAGCACUACCUCGUCCUUACAUGCAUGGACGCACGAAUCGAUCCGGCCCAAGCAUUCGGGAUCGAGCUGGGCGAUGCUCAUGUCAUUCGCAACGCAGGAGCAUCUGCGCACGACGCGUUGCGCAGCAUCAUCAUCUCCGAGCAACUCCUCGGCACCCAUGAGAUCGUCCUGGUCAAACAUACCGGGUGCGGGAUGUUAACGUUCACCAACGACGACGCUUAUGCCUUGGUCGAGCAGAAUUUGGGGUCUGACGCACUGGCCGAAGCCAAAGCCAAAGUCCCAGAUUUUCUCCCCUUCUCCGACUUGGAGCAGGCGGUCAAGAACGAUGUUGAGUUCUUGCGGGCGACGAAGCUCGUUCCCGAUAGUGUGAAGAUCAGCGGGUGGGUUUAUGAGGUCGAAACAGGCAGGACUCGACGAGUGGUGUGA